AUGGUGUCGUCAGAGGAACCCACUGCAGAGGCCGGCGGUGCGGCGUUGCACGACCCGGCGCUUUUUUCCGCCAGUGGGGAUAAAUCAAAGUACAACGAGGCCGCCCUUUCUGCAGAGGAUACCUCAGCGGCAAAAGCAGAAGCAAAGAAGGUCUCUGCACUUGAGGUGUUCAAGUACGCCAGCAGGGCCGAUGUGGCAAUGAUGGUUGUCGGAGGCUUCGCGGCAGCUGCAGUUGGUGGCUCAUCGCCUGCCUUUUCUUUUGUCUUUGGUCGAAUGAUGAACGGCCUUCUCUCGCAGGGCAACGCGGAAGAAGAGACAGCGAAGAGUGCGCUGAUUAUGGUUUACAUUGGGAUUGCCGUCAUAGUAUGCACGGCAUUGUACGUCAGCUGCUGGACGAUUGCGGCGACGCGUCAGGUGGCGACUGUUCGCAUGCUUUACUUCGAGUCGGUGCUUCGGCAAGAUAUCGGGUGGCACGACGCACACAGCCCUGGCUCACUCACAGCACGGAUGACAGGAGACACGCUUGUCCUGCAGAACGGCAUUAACGACAAGCUCGCUCAGGGCAUCGUGAACCUGUCGAUGGGUGUCUUGGGCUUCGCGUUUGGCUUCGUCUUCUCGUGGGAACUGACGUUGGUUAUGCUCGGGAUGAUGCCGCUCAUCGCCCUCAUGGGUAGUAUCUUGGGGAACGUCAUGGCGAAGAUGUCAAAUGCAUCCCGUGAGCACUUCGCCGCGGCGGGGUCGCUGGCCACGGAAGUCAUGGAGAAUGUGCGGACGGUGCAGACGUUCGGCCGGGAAGAGUAUGAGGUGGAGCGGUUCCGUGUCGCGGUGUUGGCUGCGCAGAAGGCGGGCAUCAAGAAGGAGGUCACCACAUCGCUGGCCGCGGGUUCGACGCUGGGUGUCAUGUUCAUCACCUACACGAUCGCCUUUUUCUUCGCGUCCUAUCUCGUGCAGUGGGGCCGCCGCGACGUGGGGGCGGUCGUCUCGUGUUUCAUGUCGGUGCUCCUCGGCAGUUUGGGCAUCGGGUUCGUGUCGCCGUCGUUGUCGGCAUUCGCAGAGUCGCAGGCGGCGGCACAACACCUCUUCGAAACAAACAGCCGCACACCGGAGAUUGACGUGGACGCCGGCGGGAAGCCAGUAGGGGGUUUCUUCAGCGCUAUCGAGUUCCGCCACGUCCGCUUCACGUACCCGACGCGCCGAAGCAUGACGCUCUUCACGGAUCUCUCGCUGGAGAUCCGGCGGGGGCAGAAGGUGGCGUUUUCAGGAGCCUCAGGGUGCGGGAAAUCGUCCAUUAUCGGGCUCCUUCAGCGCUUCUACGACCCUAUCAGUGGCGAGAUCCUUGUGGACGGCACUGACAUGCGUGAGCUGUCGCUGAAGGAGUGGCGUGACCAGAUUGGCAUCGUGUCACAAGAUCCCAACCUCUUUGCCGGUACAAUGAUGGACAAUGUCCGCGUGGGCAAGCCGGAUGCAACAGAGGAAGAGGUGAUGGAGGCGUGUAGGAAGGCAAACAUUCAUGAUACCAUUAUGGGUUUGCCUGACAAAUACAACACGUCUGUUGGCGCUGUCGGCUCGCAGCUGAGCGGUGGACAGAAGCAGCGACUCGCGAUUGCGCGGGCAAUCGUGCGGCGGCCCGCCGUCCUGCUGCUUGACGAAGCCACCAGCGCGCUCGACAGGAAAUCGGAGAUGGAGGUGCAGGCGGCCCUGGACCGCCUAAUGGGAGAGGGCGGUAUGACGGUGAUAGUUGUGGCUCACCGCCUCGCGACGAUCCGCAACGUGGACCGCAUCUACUACUUUUCCUACGAUGGGGUGCGGGGCAGCACGAUUGAAGAGGUGGGAACGUUCGACGAGCUGAUGCGGAAGAAUGGGAUGUUCGCCGUAAUGGCCAUGACGCAGGGUGUCGCUGCAGCUGCCUCCCCGGCAACGCAUCAAAUGAGCACUGCGGUCGUUCCCGACGCUGAUCUCAACACCUUCCUAGACGAUGAGGAGCUCGCAAAAUUGGACGAGGAGCAGCCGCGGACGGAGAGGCAGAUGGUGCCGUACGAGGAGCUGGCGGAGUGGGAGACAAGGCGCACAAAAGUGUCACUGUGGCGCAUUAUGGGCCUGGCGAGAGGGCAGACUAUCCACAUCGCAUUUGCCAUUCUGGGCUCCAUCAUCACGGGUGGGUCGGCACCGGCCAAUGGCAUCCUAUUCGGGAAGAUACUCGCUGUCCUCGGACGCUUCGGUGUCGAUCACGACGAGGCGGCCCUGCGGAGCGGCACGAAUCUCUUUGCCCCGCUUUUCCUCGUGAUGGCGUUUGGAACCUUCACUGGAUGGGCGCUGCAGUCCCUAUAUGGCUACGCGGGGGAGCACCUGACGACGAAGCUGCGCGUCAUGCUCUUCCGUCAGAUCCUUCGGCAGGACAUGAGUUUCUUUGACAUCCGCGGCAGAGACGCCGGCACGCUCUCUGGAAUGCUCUCCGGCGACUGUGAGGCGGUCCAUCAGCUUUGGGGGCCAUCGAUUGGGCUCAAGGUGCAAACAUUCUGCACGAUUGCAGUCGGUCUCGUUAUAGGUUUCGUCUUCCAGUGGAAGUUGGCGCUUGUGGCCAUGGCUUGUCUGCCCAUCGUGGCGGUGGCCAACUUCGCGCAGCAGCUGAUGGCAAUGGGGCUUACUCAGAAAAAGGGAGGAGGUGCCUCCGAUACUCUCGUCACGGAGGCUCUGUCUAACGUGCGCACUGUCACCUCCUUCAACCUAAAGGAUAACCGCAUUGCCCUGUACCGUAAUAUAGUGGGACGCGAGGUCCCGAGAGACAUGAAAAAGGGUGUCGUGAUCGGUGUGAUCUUCGGCUUCAGUCAGUUCGUGUUCUACGGUGCCUUUGCGCUGUGCUUCUGGUACGGCGGGAAACUAAUCACAGCAGGCGAGGCGACCUUUGAGAAGGUUGUCGUCGCUUCUAUGGCGGUGCUGAUGGGUGCGAUGGGUGCGGGUGAGGCUGGCGGCUUCGCAUCGAAGGUGGCGGACGCCGAUAAGGCGGCGAAGCGUGUUUUCAGCAUUAUUGACCGCAUCCCGGACGUGGAUGUGAGGCGUGGCGGGGACACUGACAUGGGUAGAGGCUGCGAUCUCACGCUCCGGAAGGUGAAGUUCAUAUACCCCGCCCGGCCAAAGCAGUUGGUGCUCGCCUCUGUCGAUAUCCGCUUCCGAAACGGCACCUUAAAUGGUCUUAUGGGGCAGACGGGUUGCGGGAAGUCGACGAUUAUUCAGAUGUUAGCGCGCUUCUACGACAAUCGCAGCGGAGUGGUCGCUGUAAACGGCAAGGACAUCCGCAGUUUGGACAUUUCAGCGUGGCGGUCAAACAUCAGCAUUGUGAUGCAGGAGCCAGAUCUCUUCAGCGGAACGGUGCGGGAAAAUAUACGCUACUCCCGUCCCUCCGCCACGGACGAGGAGGUUGAGGAGGCUGCGCGCUUGGCAUACAUCCACGACGACAUCCUGAAGUGGCCUGAGGGAUAUGAAACGCAGGUGGGAUACAAGGGUCGCGCUCUCAGCGGUGGACAGAAGCAGCGUGUGGCCAUCGCGCGUGGGUUUCUUCGCCGCGCCCAUCUGAUUCUUCUGGAUGAAGCGACCAGCGCGCUCGACAAUGUGACAGAGGCGAAGGUGCAGCAGGGCAUCAACGAGUACCAACAGAAGCACGGUAUUACCAUCAUUAGCAUCGCCCACCGCCUGACAACCAUCCGCCACUGCGACCAAAUCACGCUGCUCGACAGUGGUCGUAUCAUUGAGAGCGGAAGCCACGACCACCUCAUGUCCCUGAGUGGCGAGUACAGGACGCGCUGGGAGCUCUACACCAAUGUCUCGAACUAG